CCCAGUUUUUUUUUGUUUGCUUAAUGCUCUAUUUUAAUGGAGUUUUCAUCUUCAUCUUGUUUCAGUUCCUUUUUAUUAUUGUUUUACGUAUGUUUUUGCUUAUGUCUUGCAACGCCGCCGUUAGUGGUGGCAACAGCAAAUGGUUCUUCUUGUAAUAAUACUAAUACAACGAGGCAUCACCAUAAAUGGAUUGGACCCAUUGGUCACCGGUUGAUUACCGUUGAUGUUAACGGGUCGGGUCAGUUCCGGUCAGUACAAGAUGCCGUUGAUGCUGUACCGGAGAAUAAUAGAAAGAAUGUUAUGAUCUUAAUCAGCCCUGGACAAUACAUAGAGAAGGUGGUGGUGCCGGCGACGAAGCCAUACAUAACGUUUCAAGGUGCCGGUAGAGAGACGACGUUUAUUGAGUGGCACGACAGAGCUUGUGACCGAGGGUCUAAUGGUCAACAGUUGCGUACUUAUCAAACGGCUUCCGUUACUGUGUAUGCUAAUUAUUUCUCUGCUAGAAAUAUUAGCUUCAAGAAUACAGCACCGGCUCCGAAGCCGGGAAUGCAAGGGUGGCAAGCUGUGGCGUUCCGUAUUUCUGGUGACAAGGCAUAUUUCUCGGGGUGUGGAUUCUACGGUGCACAAGACACUCUUUGCGACGAUGCCGGACGUCAUUAUUUCAAGCAAUGUUAUAUUGAGGGUUCCAUCGACUUCAUCUUCGGGAAUGGCCGUUCCAUGUACAAAGAAUGUGAAUUACACUCCAUAGCUACGAGAUUUGGAUCCAUAGCAGCCCAUGACAGGAAAUCACCAGAUGAGAAAAGCGGGUUUGCUUUUGUAAACUGCACAGUGACGGGUACUGGCCCACUUUAUGUCGGUCGAGCCAUGGGUCAAUACUCCAGGAUUGUCUAUUCUUACACCUACUUUGACAAUCUCGUUGCUCAAGGCGGUUGGGACGACUGGGACCAUGUUAACAACCAGAAUAAGACAGUGUUUUUUGGAGUAUAUAAAUGUUGGGGACCCGGAGCUGCCGCUGUUGGUGGAGUAGGAAGGGCCAAGGAACUAGAUUUUGGGACAGCCCAUCGAUUUUUAGCCAAAAGUUUUGUCAAUGGGAGGCAUUGGAUAGCACCAUGGGAUGCUUAGCCCCAACACUCACAACAUUCACCAUAGUCUAAUUUAUUCUAUUUCUUUUGCAAAUUUCAUUGAUUCAUUUCAUUUUUUUUUUUUGCAUAUAUUGUAAUGAACACAAUGUACCAUUUCUCAUUCAACUCAUUCUUUAAGAUUUAAUACAUUUUAUCUUUAGAAAGAAA